GGAAAGGGACGGGCUGGACUGGGUUGGGCUUCUACUGUAGUACCUAAUGGGUUGUCAUAUUAGAGUCAUUAUGGUGUUAAUGGGAUUUGGUUCUGUUAUGGGUGAAUGAUAAGCAUGGGUUGGUGUGCUAAAAUAAUUCUUACAAAAAACUGUCAAUGAAUUGGGUGGGACAUGUAAUAUUAAUUCAAAUGCUAAUGGAUUUAGUUCAAUGGGUUUAUUUGUUGUAAUUAUGCUGACAUACUGAAAAUUUGGAUGAAAGUUCAUAUAUCUAAUCUUUGAGUUAAAGGUGGUGUGAUUGUUAAAUGCCAUAGACAGUUUAACAGGAGGUCAUUUAAGACCUGGCAAUAUUGUGUUUAAGUAGCAUUUUGGUAUAUUCUAUCAUUUUACUUCCUCUACAGUGUUUCAUAAAUCUAUCAAUAUUGUGAAAGAGGGGAAUAAGUUUUAAAGUCUAGCAGAGAAAGUCAAUAAACCCUCCACCAGUUAAGCAUUAGAUUAUUUCUGCUGUGGUAAAUAAUUAAAACGACCAGUGGAACACCUAAAAGUCCAGUAAGGAUUUCUUUAACUGUAAGUAACUAGAGCUGAGGUUGGUGUAGACAUCAAGUUCAGCCCUAAACCCAGCUACUGAUGAGAUUCUGUUGAGGAAGGUCUGUCAUGCAGACUCCGAUCUCCAGGUAUAUAGAGAUUUUUAAGAGCAGUGGUAAUGAGAUCAGAGCCAACUAUGAGCUGCCCCAGCGGGCGACGGGAGGCCAGAGACCAGGACCCUAUGAUAGACCCAUGAUGGGGGGCCAACGCGGAGGGGUUUUUGGACCGGGGCUUGGCCGUGGUGGGACUCUGAUGAACACCAUGAGGAGCGGAGGAGGUUAUGGAGGAGGUUACAGUGGCUUUGACAGUUACAACGGUUUCGACAACUACUGUUUUGGCAACGACAUGUUCGAUGAGCGCGUGAGAGGAGAGAGGGGAGGAAGAGGGAUGGGAGGCCACAGUUAUAGUGGUCAAGAUAAUGGUGGCUCAGGCUUUCACAGCGGCCAUUUUGUUCAUAUGAGGGGUCUACCGUUCCGUGCCACAGAGGGAGACCUUGCUAAGUUCUUCUCUCCGUUGAAUCCACUGAGGGUUCACAUUGAUGUGGCUCCUAACGGCAAGUCGACUGGAGAGGCAGAUGUGGAGUUUCGCUCCCACGAAGAUGCUGUGGCAGCCAUGUCCAAAGACAAGAACCACAUGCAGCAUCGCUACAUCGAGCUGUUUCUCAACUCAACCUCCUGCGGAGCAGCUGAGAUGAGUCGUGGCGGGAGGGGUUACUACAGUAACUCAGGAGGUGGUGGGGGCUCACGGAGUGGCGGGCUGCGAGGUGCUUACUGAUGAAGUCGUCCCUCCUCCGAUCCAUCCUGGUGUCUGUUCACAUCUCUUUAGCCCACAUUUACUCAGCUCAAGUUUCUAAGCAGGACUACUUAUCCAAUCAGAAGUUCAUUUCGUUCGAGCCAUUGUUAUUACUGUCAGGUUCAAGUAUAACUUCACCUUCACUACAAACAGACCAAAUGUGACUUUAACAAGCUAUUAAUAUCAUACUAUUAUCUCACCAUUCCUAAAAGGACAUGAAGAACAAUUCCUGUUGUAUCUGUUGUUGGUGCUGAAUAUGAAGCAUCGUUGUUGCAAAAAAAAGUUGAAUUGGAUAUUGUUGAAUAGUUUUUCAUAAUAAUAAUAACCAGUUUUUUAAUUGGAUUGAAAAGGCAGAAACUAAAUCUUCGAGUUUUUCCAAUAUUUUAUUGCGAUGGACUUUAAUUUGUCUUGUUCCACAUCUCACUUGUUAAGAGCUAUAAAUCAGUGCUGACUCAGGAUCGUGAGGAGACAUGCAUUCGGUGUGAUAGAAAUAAGAUUGUGAAUAUCGCUGCACUGUUAGAACUGAGCAUGGUCACUUGAUGACACUUUUAGGUGAUUGAUGGUCUUUAAGAGGCCAAGCAGGGAAAAGCAUAGACAAAAACAAGCAACCGUAGGUAAAAGCACUUCCCAUAUUUUAAAACCACUUUUAUUCCAGUAAAAGCUUCUUUUCAACAUAAUAUUUAACCAUUGUUUCCACCUGAUUUAACACCAGCUUUCCUGCUUUGAAAAAUUGAUAAAUGUGAGCUGUUUUUUUAUGAAUGUUUUCACAGUUCAUUAAAGAAUUAAACUAAGUUGAAUAUUCUAUUCUGCUCUCAAAGAGUGGAGGUGAAAUAAAGGUUCUAUAUUUGAGCUGUAAGAUGCUUGUGCAGCUGUUGUACAUUUUGCCUAAUAAAUUUUACAUUUAAUUCUC